AUGAAUUCAUUUACCUUUGUGUGCCUCUUUGUAGUUGCUAUUGCCGCUGCGGAACCGUCUGGACUGAUUGCUACUGCGAUCAAGCCUUUUCAGAACCAGUAUGCCAAAAAGCUGAUUACAACUAUGAUUGGAGACAAGUGUUAUAAUACUUUCUUUAUGGAAGGGGAUUUUCUGGAUGUUCCUUGUCUAAAGUAUUCGGUGAGCAAGGCACUUGGAUAUGGAAUUAUGUUCGGCUCCGGAAUCAUGAAGAUGCCUCAAAUCAUAAAGAUCAUGAGAAGCCGAGAUGUGACUGGCAUUAACGCCGUUUCUUUCUACAUGGAAUGCGCCGCCUUCCUUCCUAGCAUUGUGUACAACGCUCUGAAGCACUAUCCCAUUUCAACCUAUGGUGAAAACGUCAUUAUUCUGGCUCAGAACUUCUUUUUGGUUCUUUUGUACUGGAUAUAUGCGAAGGGAGACGCGAAAAAAACGUCUCUCCACAAGCUCUGCGUUGUUCUCAGUUUCAUUCUCUUCUCGCUCGCUCUCGUCUAUUGCCCGGAGCAGUAUCUCUCCGCUCUUCCCAUGAUGGGAACCGUUUCCGCGAUUUUGGCUCGCGUCCCGCAGAUGAUUACCAACUUCAAGCAGGGACAUACCGGACAGCUUUCGCUGAUUACGUGGCUCUGCACGCUGGCUGGAUCCGCGGCGCGCAUCUUCACGACGUUGCAGGAGGUGGACGAUGUGAUGAUCGCGAUGUCGUAUAUCAUCAGUACGACGUGCAACGCGAUUCUGGUGUUCCAGAUUCUCUACUACUGGAGGGCGACGAAGGAAGCGGAGAAGCCAAAGCAGGAUUGUCUUGUUUGUUGA